AUGUGGUUCACAACGAGGCAAGAAGGGCUUGAUGACCCGAGACCGGCCAUGCGCGGGCCUUGCGUCGAUCUGCCGGGGGCAAUCUUUUGCGGCAGCAUCAAUGGCAACAGCUUUUUGCUCCGUGGAGGCUUCCUCCUGCAGCUUUUUUCUCUGAGUGGUCUUUUCAUUUCUUACUGGGCUUCUGGAGGCUCUGGUCUGUUCGGCUACGAGCUGCAGGGCAUGAAUGAGGCAGCCAGGAGCUCUGAGGGUUUCCAUGCAGCCCUUGCUUUUUUCUCUGGCCUCUACAUGCUGGGGGCCACUUAUUUAGUCUGCUUUCAGGCGAUCGCUGCAGAUGAUGCCUGCUGGGCCCGGGGUUAUCGUUCUGGCAGCAAGAUUCUUCGUUUGGCGACGUUCUUGGACCUGUUGAGCAGCAUCAUGCAGUUUAUUUUCUUCCUGUACAUUGCCAAGUUUUACAAGCCCAAGUGGUACAUCCAUUUUAAAGAAGGGGGCCCCGAGUGUCUUUUCUUCUCAUACAUUCGCUGCCUCCACGCCGUUUGUCUGGCUCUCUACGCCGCCGCGACUUACCUUUUGGAGGUUUACCACGACGAGGGUGCUGGCGACCUGCACGCAUACAUCAACUCCGCACUAUUCGGCUUGGCCAGCAUUGUUGAAUUCUCUGUGAUGUUCAUUCCUAUCGGGGGAGCGUCCACGUUAACAAUCUGGCUGGCACUCUUGGCAGCUACCAUAUGGGCAGUAUUUUUCGAGCCUGAAGUGAACAAUGUGUCGCCUGCUCUUCAUGAGACAGAGCUAACCAAUGAUGUUGAGCAGCAAGUUGAAAAGUUCGCACGUAUGUCUCCUUAUUACCCCACUGGAGACACGCAGCAGCCAGCCAUGACUCCCCAGGCUUCCCAGUCCCCCCCAAGUGGCUUCUCUCAGGCGCCUAGCCAACAGUUCCAACAGCAGGCGUCCAUCGUGGCCCAAGCCUACGAGGCGGAAGGGCGUCAGUAG